UACCAUAAACCUGCCCCUCCGUGUUCUUGGGUUUCUCACGUGGUUUUUUGUUGAUCGUCUUGUUUUCUUUAUUUAAAGACGUUCGGAAAUGACAACUGUCAUCCCGAGGUUUCAACUUACUGAAGAAGCUAACACAAAUGAAAAUGCGAGAAAAUUUUUCAAAAAAAUUGAACAAAGGAGAAAAAAGAAGUUGAACAAAGAGUCAAAAAAAUCAGAAAACAAUGACAACAAUAUUGAUGUGUGUAAAAACGAAGUCGAUGCAAGCAUUCCUGUCAAUAGUGCCAUUGAAAGUAGUGAUCUGUCUCUGCAAAGUAACCAAGAUAAAAAUGUUUUUGUUUUGGGAGGACAUAAGUUUGAAAAAACUCAAAAAGUAAAUCGAGUUCUUCCUAACUGGUUGCAAAACCCAACUGUAAUAUCAACUGACUUAAAGGACUUGAAGCUAAAACCUAAACAUCUUAAAUUAAGCAAGAACAUUAAGGAAAAUUUGAAAAGGAAUAUAAAGUAUUUGUUACCAGUACAAGCUGAAGUUAUACCUUGGCUUAUGAAAGAUUGGCAAUCUAAACUUGGAGUUAGAGCUAAACCAUCGCGGGACAUAUGUGUUUCUGCACCAACUGGCAGUGGAAAAACAUUAGCUUAUGUAAUCCCUAUUGUACAUUCAUUAGAAAAACGACUCAGGUUAGAAAUAAGAGCAUUGGUUAUUGUACCAGUUCAAGAGUUAGCACUACAAGUGGCAAAAGUCUUUAAAGAGUACGUUAAGGGUACGAAUCUUAAAGUAUUAGUCACUACAGGCGGUAAAACAUCUUUGGUCGAAGACCAAAAAAAUCUCGUCAGGCGUUUACCAGGACACAAAGAGGCAUAUGAAAGAAUGGUUGAUAUUUUGGUUACAACUCCAGGAAGAUUAGUUGAACACUUACAUAAAACAGAAGGGUUUGUUCUGAAAUAUUUAAAAUAUUUAGUAAUUGAUGAGGCUGACAGAGUAAUUGAUAGUAUGCAGAAUAACUGGCUGUAUCAUCUCGAAAGGCACUUGGAAGCGCAAGGUACUCUAAUACCAAAUGUUUUAAAUUUGACUUCUUUAAAUGAGAGAAUUUUUACACCGCAAAAACUCCUUUUCUCUGCUACUUUAUCACAGGACCCCGAAAAAUUGAAACAGCUCAAUCUUUUCCAGCCUAAAUUGUUUACAUCUGUAGUAAAGUCCUCAAAUGAAAAUGAGACGACAACAGGAAACACUGGUGACUUUAUUGGAAAGUUCACAACACCUGCUGAACUGGAAGAAUUUUACAUAACUGUCAACGAAGCCUUAAAACCAUUAGUCGUUUGCCAAUUACUCAACAUGGGAUGGAAGAAAAUACUCUGUUUCACAAAAUCUGGAGAAAACGCUCACAGGUUAUCCAAUCUUCUGACAUUGCUCAAUCCAAAGUUAGUAAUCAAGGAAAUAUCUUCGGCAUUGCCGAGGCAUGUCAGGGAAGAAACAAUCACGAAUUUUGCAGGUGGAAAAAUUGAUAUGUUGAUUUGUUCGGAUUUAAUGGCUCGUGGUGUCGAUAUUCCUGGCGUGAAAUAUGUUAUAUCAUAUGAGCCUCCAAAAUUUAUUAAAGGCUAUAUUCACCGUGCGGGUAGAACAGGACGAGCAGGAGUCAAAGGAACAGCAGUAACUUUAGUGACAGCCACACAAGCUACAAGUUUUAUUCAGAAAUUGAAAGAUGUUAAAAAAACAAAUGUUAGUGAAAUGAAAAUUGAUGAGGAAAUAUAUGCAACAAGAGCUAAUGAUUACAAAUCAGCAUUGAAACAACUUCAAAUGAAUACAGAGGAAGAAAGAAAGUCGAAAAUUAAGAAUCUGAAAACGAUGAAAACAAAGAAGAUGUCAAAAUCGAGAAAACGAAAACAGAAAAAACAAUUUUGAUUCUGUUUUAAAGAUUUUCAAUUUGUUAAACUUAAUAAUUGUAAAUCUAAAGAAAUAUUUAUUGAGUUAUGUUGACAGUGAUCACAUAUGUUUUCUAUGUGUUAUAAGUGUAAAUACUUUUGUAACAUAAAGUUGAUAGUUUUUCAUGAA